AUGGCAGAGGAGAAGAUGUUGGCCGUUGGUGAUGGACCACUACAUCUGUCGGAGCAUCUCUACCAGUCUAUCCCUAACUAUCAGCUGAUCGAUGCGCUGCCUUUUAUUGAUCCAUUUGGGCAGGAGGACUUUGCAAGGGUGGAGGAGAUGAUUCAGAAAGAGAUUGCCACUUUCCAGCCGGCACGUAACCGUCCGAACAUGACCGUUUCGACUCAACAUGUGAGCAUAGUUGACACGGCAGAGAACAAUGAGUAUUUGGAUGUCGCGACGAAGUACUCCGUGCCUCAGUGGAUUCAUGGAAAGCUACAGGUGUCGGCGUUUGAGCAAUCGCUAGUUAAGAAGAGGAAAGCUCUGGCGAAGGAAGUGGAGGAUAUUCAGAAACGACGCAAACUUGACCAGAUGAGCCACGGCAAUGUCUUACGCUCGUUGCAUAGGGAGGAGGUGGAGUUUGAGACGAACAACUUCGAAACGGAGUGUGCUACGAUGGCGAUGGAAGCGGACCUUAGGAGGCUGCGACAAGUCAUUGAUAGUGAUCCGCAGAGGAAGGCUGAGGUGCCGGUGAACCUGGUGGAAGCUCUGAGUGAGGUACUAGAUGGUGCUAAGCCGACUGCUCAAGAGAACGCCUCCUCUACUGUUUGA